AUGCGUCGCUCGCACGCGCCGCCGGUGGCGCCUGCAGAUGACGGCUCGUUGACAAAUAAUAUGGCGGAAGAUGAAUACUUAUACCUAUCGGUGGCAAUCGCUUUACGAUUCAUUAGUAUCAGGAGUUUCACAGCUUUUCACUGUUGCCUAAGACCGACGAAGGGUCGAUACAGAUUUCCGACGUUAGCGGAUGUAUGCUACGGUUCGCUACGCGCUAGGCGAGUCGACGCCGUGGGCUACGCCGCCAACCGCCGCAAGACGCCGACAAACGAAAAGCGCGUGUGCUACGCGCUUAGUCUACGCAAGUCUGCGUCAUGA